AUGAGCGACGCUGAAGCCCCCAAGCCCGUCGAGGCUCUCCAGCCUGAGGUCGAGGCUACCCCUACCACCCAGCCCAUCGAAGAGAAGACAGAGGAGAAGUCAGAAGAGACCACACAAGAGACAUCAGAGGCCAAGUCUGAAGAGAAGAAGGAGAUCCUCAAGACUACCGCCAAGCACGAUGAGAACCCCCGUAACAACCGCAAAUUCGACCCUUCAGUCCGUGAGGUCACUGAUGAUCCCAAUGCUAUCCGCAAGCAGGUUGAGUUCUACUUUGGCGAUUGGAACUUCCCCCAAGACAAGUUCAUGUGGGAGUCAUGCGGUGGAAGCGAGAACAAGCCCGUCAAGGUCAAGACUCUCCACUCCUUCAAGCGCAUGCGAACAUUCCAGCCUUACAGCGCCGUUGUUGCCGCUCUCAAGGACAGCAAGUUCCUCGACAUUUCUGGCGAGGAGGGCGAGGAGGAGGUCAAGCGCAAGACCCCUUACCAGCCUUUGAACGCCUCCAAGUCCAAGGUUGAGGCUGCCACCGUUUACGUCAAGGGCUUCGGUGACGAGGAACCCAACACUCAGUUCGACCUCGAAAGCUUCUUUGCCCAGUUCGGCGAGGUUAAGGGCAUCAAGCUUCGACGCACAAACGAGGGCCUCUUCAAGGGCUCCGUCUUUGUCACAUUCUCCGAUGAGGAGGAAGCCAGCAAGUUCCUCAAGACAGACCCUGCGCCCAAGUGGAAGGAGCAUGACCUCAAGAUCAUGAGCAAGCGAGCUUACUGCGACGAGAAGAACGAGCUUAUCCGACAGGGAAAGAUCGAGCCCAACCACACUCAACCUAAGAAGUUCUACGAGGGCAGGGAAUCUGGCAAGGCUGGACGAGGCCGUGGCCGUGGCGGUAACGACUCCGGUAGCCGCGAUCAGGACAACUGGAAGCAGCGACGCGAGAACGAUCAGAAGAACGGCUUCAAGGACCGACGAGGUGGCCGUGGAGGUCGCGGAGGCCGUGGCGGUCGCGGUCGCGGUCGUGGUGGACGCGAUGGUGGCCGUGAUCGGGAUCAGGCCAAGGAGGAGAAGCACAGCAGUAACGAUACUAUGCCCCGCAUCCAGUCCACCGCCGAUGACAGCGAUAACAAGAAGCGAAGCCGCGAUGAUGCUCCCGCCGGCGAGCCCGCUGCUAAGAAGGUCGAUGUUGGGGCCGAGUAG